AUGACAGUGAGUCCUCGGCCUCACUUCUUCACCAGAGCGACCAUCUUUAAGGACACCCUUGACAACAUCCACCUUGCUAAAGCCGGUGCUCAAGCCUCAGUCCUCACUGGACGUAACCCAUCAGAACCCAUUUCUGGCAGUGCAGCCAAAUCUGAAGGGAAGCAGAGAGUAGAGAGCGGUUUCCCUUAUAUCCCAGAUGUCAUGUCCACAGAAGUACAGAUGCCAGGAAGAAGUUCCCUGCUAUUGAUGAAGGGACAGGAACAGGCAGAGGAACUUGCUAGCCAAGACUUGCUCCUACUUUUUACACUCUAUUCACCAGAUCAGGAGGGUACCUGUGUCAUGCGACACCAAGAAGGCUUCACGGCUAAAGAUGGAGCAGAAUAUGGGGACCAGGGCGGAGGGGAGGGGUCCAGACGCAGCACCUGGGCUCCUCAAGCCCCCUGGGCCUGCGGGGGAGGGGAGCAAGGGGCGCAGCGCUCCCAGCUCCCAGUCCCUGCAGCUGUCCUGCGGGCGCGGAGCCUCCGGGGUCGGCCUCGCCCUGGGGGUGGGGGUGAGGGGAUGCACGCUCGAGCUGCAGGCCCCGCUCGUGCAAGCUCUGCACACCUGCCCGCCGGCGAGGCUUCAUUAAGCCGCGCCUGUGCAGCCCCAGCCGGCGGCCGCGGCGCGGGAGUCCACGCCAUGGAGCCCAGGGAGGAUCCCUGCAGGGAACCGCUGGGCCAGGAAGGUGGAGGCCAGUCCCUGACUGAUGAACUGGAGGAGGAACCGAAGCAGGGGUCAGCCCCCCACACUCAGGACACCCUGAAAAAAGAGCUGCCACCCCCCUGUGCCAUCUCAGGAGAGGAGCCGCCUCCAGAGCCCACUGGAGAACCGACUCGUGCUAAUGCCAGGCGCGUGUGCCAGCCCUCCAGCUCCAGGGCUGUCCACAAAGACAGGCAGAACCCAGGCAGACCCCAGUCUCAGGGGCAAGGCUCUUCCCUCUUAGCACGACAGGCAAAGACAGUAAAGAGACCGGCUUCCCCAGGCCCUGGUAAACACAAAAAACCCAAUGCCACGGAUGUGGCCUCAACAUCACUGCUCAGUGUUGCUAAGUCAUCCUGUGCCACUCACAACCCUGUGCCUUGUGGGUCAGGCCGGGGCCCCUGCCACCUGGCCAACCUCCUCAGCACAUUGACCCAGAACGGCCAAAACGCAGACCAGAAGAAGGGGCCCCCAGAAGUGAACUGCCAAGUUCGGAAAAAGACUCGAACCCUCUACCGUUCAGACCAGUUGGAAGAGCUAGAGCGAAUGUUCCAAGAAGACCACUACCCUGAUGGUGACAAGCGCCGGGAGAUAGCCCAGACGGUGGGGGUCACUCCCCAGCGCAUCAUGGUAAAGGGGGCUGGUUAACCAGCAGGGUGGACAGGCAGUUCUCCAAGUAUCUUUACCCCAUAGGUGUGGUUCCAGAAUCGCCGGGCAAAGUGGCGAAAAGUUGAGAAGUUGAAUGGGAAAGAAAAUGAGGACAAUCCUGAAGCUCCUGCCAGCAGCCAGUGCAGCUCUACCGAAGAGCCCCCACUUCCCACACCCAUGGAUGGGGAGUCUGGCCCCUUCCCUGCAGAGCCCACUCUGGAUACCUUUCCAGAGCCCCCUCUGCUGAUGAUGUCCGACCAGACUCUGGCACCCAUCCAACAGAGCGAGGGUACUCAGAGGGUGGUGACCCCACCACUCUUCAGUCCCCCACCUGUUCGAAGAACCAACUUUCCUUUUCCCCUGGGCCCUGUGCACACCCCCCAGCUGAUGUCUCUGCUGGCAGAUGUCCCUGGUAGUGAGAGCAGUCCCACUGGAUCCUGGGGGACAAGCGUCUCCUCACCACCCAUCUGCGCGUAUCUGGAAGACCCAGAAGCCCAGGAUUACCCACAGAGCAGCCAGCUGGGACCGGUCCAGUUCCCCCAGCCUCCACAGACUCAGCUUUUCCCGCCUCCCCAGCCCCAGUUUUCAUACCUGCCUCCCUUCCCCUUCCCCAUGCCCAGUUCACUGACCUUUCCACCACCGGAAGACCCCCUCUUUAUGUUUCCUUGUGGUCCCAGUGGGGGCAUGUCACAGGGCUACUACUCAGGCCCUCCAUCGGGGCAGAUUCUGCUGCAGCCACCCGCGGGAAAUGUGGGUGCAGUGUCCUGGAGUGACCUCUGUUUGCCAGAACUGCCCUUCCCUGGUCCACUCUACCCACAGACACUGGGGCACCCCUCAGGAGCAGAUGGCUAUUUUCCUGAUCUGUGUACAGCUCCUGGUGCUCAGGCAAUGAGCAGGCAGCCUUCUCCAGGUCUUGACCCGCUGCCAGAAGGGGCCAGACCAGGAACUGGGCCCUUACUCAGCAAGGCACAAGAAAAGCAGCCUGUCUUCUCCCUGGAGCCGUCCACAGCAUUGGAGGAGGUCAAAGAAGACAAGAAUGGCUGUGCUUCCUAG